AUCUUGUAAACCCAGCCUGGUCACACUGUCCGCAUGGAUACACAAUGUUUUUUAACGAGGGGAGGAAAUUUUUGCUGUUAUUGUGUACUUUAAACAAGCGGAGGCCAAGCAUUUCGCAAUUCACUGGACUCUGGAUCUGUACCCGUCAAGUUUCCACAAAUUAAGGUCGAACAAUCCAACAAAAGAAGCUGGCGCCUGGGCAAAAUAUAUUCCCAAACACAUCCGCAAAAAUAGCACCCCAGCGCCAGCUCGCAACUGUUUUGGAGUAGCCAAAAUAAAACGCAGCUAGCGCCAGUGCAGGCGAUCCGCUUUGAGAGCGUUUGUUGUGCUUUUCUCGUUUCUCGAUCAAAGGGAGCAGCAGAUCUCAUUGUUCUGCCUUGGUGACAUCGUUUGCCCGGCAGCGGCAGCUGAGCUAAAAAUGGAGUGGACGCGAGAGAAGACGUUGCUGCUGAUCAGUGAGUACCGCUCCCGUCGCGGUCUGUGGGACAUGACAUGCGACGAGUACCGAAAGAAGGACGUUAAGCAGCGGCUCUUGAACGAAGUCAGCCAAGUUCUCGGCGGAAAUAUUCCGGUGAACGAACUAGAAAAGAAGUUUCACACGCUGCGUACGCAGUACCACCGUGAGAUCAGUCGCAUGAAGCGCAAGGAGCCGUACAACUCCAAGUGGUUCGGUUUUAAAAACCUUGUAUUCCUCAGCUCUCCUUACGCCUGUCGAUCCACGAAAGGUCGAUUAAAAGCUGAUCUGCAGGGCGACGAAAGAAAGUUUACGGUAGGAGAGGUCAAUACAGAGAACCACAGCGAAAGGAGCACUCCGGUGAACAACAGCAACAGCGGGGGCAAUAGCAACAGCAACAUGAACGAAGAGUAUUUGCGCAAGAGUCACGCGAGUAGCCGGGCCCAGGAGUUGGAGAAACUCAUUGAGGAGACAACUAAAGACGUGGAUGACAUUGAAGAGCAGGAGAUAGACGAUUCGGAAUCCAAGCCCAAGCUGGGAAAGGAGCUUAACGUGCGGUACGUCAGCAUAGGUGAGCAAGAAGAAGCGGAACCAUUGGAAAAUCACCAUCACCAGCAUCAGCAGUCGCUAAUUGACAUGCACCACUCGGCCAAUGCCAUGGAGGCCGUUAGCUUCCAGGCAAGUGAGAAUGGAGAGCUUCACUACCAGUCAGCACCAUCACAGAGUAGUACCAACAACUCAAUGCACGUUGUACCUACUCGCAUUAUUAAAAUCCAGAGGCGCGAUACCUCUUGUCAUGAAGAUGGUUAUUUUGAUGAGCACACACACCACCAACUGCAUCCGCCGACUCCAAAACGUGUGUACUUUGACGCCGGCUCAACCCCCCACAUCUUAACCCCCGCAUUGGAGAACAGCUCAAAUGGAACUGCCAACAGUGUGCUGACUGCUUCACCUGGGAUUACGAUGAGCAAUCUGCGAUUACCCAAACUUAACACAUCCCCAUCCCCGAAGCCUGCCAGUGCAGCCAUUCCCGGUCCACCAUCGCCCACGGUUGUCAGUCUGCCAUCGUCCCGCGAUGAGUUCGUCACUUAUGGGGAGUAUGUGGCUAACGAGAUGCGUGCCAUUGGCAACCGAGAGGUGCUUAUCGCCCUAAAGCACAAAAUCAACACGGCCAUUUUUGAGGCCAACAUGGCGGAACUGCAAAAAUAAGCAGCUAACAACUACAACUUAAGGUUUAAAUAUUUACGUCUAUUCAUGCAAUGUCCUCUUGUCUCUUAUUGUGCUCAUUCUCAUUUGAUUAUGUACAUUUUACGAAAUUGUAACAAUCUAAUUUAUUAAGCCAAAUAUACGAUUUAAUGGUAUUUCAUAUAAA